CCCAUCAAUAUCAGCCUACAAAUGCGAGGAAUAAUAACCCAGAGGAUCUCUGGAUGAGUUUUUCCCAGCGUGGGUGUGGGCGGAGUCUUCCCUCCUCGUUGCGUGUUGUCAUCGCAGAGAUAGGUGCUGGAGUGGAUGGAUAUCGCUAUGGUCCGUGUUACUUCAGUCUGGAGGCUGGGACUGAAAGUGGGAGAUGUUGGAGCGGCUGCGGCUGCCCCUGCUGGUUUCUCCCACCUCUAGGAUAACUAACCAGGGUUAAAAACGGAGACAGGAGGCUGCCCACACUAUAAGGAGGCUCGUGCUCAACAAGUGGCUGAUGGAUUUAAUGCACUUGAACAGCAUCUCUGCAGUAGCUUCAUUACCACGGUGUCUCACAGGACAUUUUGCCCUUUGCUUUGAGAGCUUAUGGCUUUGAUAGAGCCGAGGCUCCCCAGAUGAGAUCCGACUCCUCCAACUGCCUUUCUGUAUUGUUGGUGUCCUGUAAGAAGAGAUUCUGCCGUUCUUGAGUGUCCUUGUUGUCCUGAAGUGUCGAUAGUGAUGCCACCCGCCCUGUGUGAUGAUGGCUUAUGAUGACGGCUCUCUCUUUGACUGAGGAAAGGAGAUCCCCCUCCAGCCACAUGACAUGAUGAAGACGCUUCCUGAAAGUUUGCUCUUCAAAGAAUCUGUGAGCAGGAUAUGAGUAUUUUGAGCCCUGGGACAGAUAACAAACCAACCCUUGUGGGAAUUGUGGGAGACCCUGAAGAAUACUCCAAAGCCAUGCAGUCAGAGGAGUUAUUCAGCAGGAAACUCAAGGCCUUGAAUGGCAGCAUGGGACCACCGGCCUCCAGCAUGCAGGUGAAACCCGACGGUGCAGGGAAAACAAACGGUAAUCCUGCCAUGCCCAAAAUGGGCGUCAGGGCUAGGGUGACAGAAUGGCCGCCGCGGAAAGAUGGCUGGGAUGUACGGCCUUCACCCAAUUACCAGAGUGUCAUUCCGGUUUUCCAGAAUGGACAGCAGGAUCUUGCUGUGGAUUUACUGGAGCAAGGCGAGGCGGUGUGUGUGGAGGUGGACUACACUGACAAAUACACACUCAGCGACCUUCUCUGCCACUCUCCCUUAAAGGGUCUCCACCCGAUCCGUCAGCGGAGCAACAGUGAUGUCACCAUUAGCGACAUUGACUCUGAGGAUAUAAUGGACCAGAACGCUGUCAAUCCCAACACCGGAGCCUCUCUGCAUCGUGAAUACGGAAGCACGUCCUCUAUUGACCGCCAGGGCCUCGGUGGGGACGGCUUCUUCACCAUGCUCAGAGGCUACAGAGUUGACAACCUGGAUCACCGGAGCAUACCGCCUCUGGGAUUCCCGGAGUUGUUGCGCUGUGAUGCCGCUUUGUCCCCAAGCUUACAGACAGCCGCACAGAUUGCCCGGGGAGAGAUAGUCCACAUUCCAGGCUAUGAUUACAUAGACAGUUCUCUCCUCUACAGCCGGGAACGGGAAAAGUCCUUUAUGAGGCGUCUUAAAUCAGAAUCAACAGAAACUUCUCUGUUCAGGAGACUGAGGACCAUUAAAAGUGAAAGCGAUGCCUUGAGACUCUCUUUAGAGGAUGACCGGCGACCCCUGAGCUUUCAGAAAUGCUUCGCCCACUACGACGUCCAGAGUGUGCUUUUCAACAUCAGCGAAGCCGUGGCAAGCCGGGCAAACCUGAGCCAGAGAAAAAACACCACCACUGGAGCUUCAGCUGCCUCAGCUGGUGUUGGGGCCGCAGCAGGUGGACUGCUGGGAGGUGGCAUAGUUGCUGUGCCUGGCGACGCUGGGGCAGUAGGUUGCAGCAGUGGAAAUCAACCUAUGUUUGAAUCUCCGCUUGGGAGCAGAGAGGAUCUGAACCCCAAGGAGAACUUGGACGUGGAUGAGGGGGACGGAAAGAGCAACAACUUGGUGCUGAGCUGUCCGCACUUUCGUAACGAGAUCGGCGGUGAGGGGGAGAGGAAGAUCUCGCUCUCCAGAGCCAACAGUGCCAAUUACAGUGGCAUGUCGGAGAGUUGCUCGUUUGAGUCCUCUCUCAGUUCCCACUGUACCAAUGCUGGCGUCUCUGUACUGGAGGUGCCAAGAGAAAACCAGCCGAUCCACAGGGAGAAGGUCAAACGCUACAUUAUUGAGCACAUUGAUCUUGGAGCAUACUACUACCACAAGUUCUUCUAUGGAAGAGAGCACCAGAACUAUUUCGGGGUGGAUGAGAAUCUGGGACCUGUGGCAGUGAGCGUCCGCAGGGAGAGGCUGGACGAUGGGAAGGAGAAAGAAGGCAUGCAGUACAACUACCGGAUCACCUUCAGAACCAGUCAGUUGACGACCCUCCGUGGAGCCAUCCUGGAGGAUGCCAUUCCAUCCACGGCGAGGCAUGGAACGGCCCGCGGCCUGCCGCUUAAGGAAGUGCUGGAAUACGUCAUCCCUGAGCUGAACAUCCAGUGUCUGAGGCUGGCCCUCAACUCUCCCAAAGUCCCAGAGCAACUCCUCAAACUGGACGAGCAAGGGCUAAGCUUCCAGCACAAGGUGGGGGUUCUUUACUGCAAGGCGGGCCAGAGCACGGAGGAGGAGAUGUACAACAACGAGAGCGCUGGCCCGGCGCUGGACGAGUUCUUGGAUCUGCUCGGCCAGCGGGUUCGCCUCAAGGGCUUCACAAAGUACCGAGCCCAGCUGGACAACAAGACUGACUCAACGGGAACGCAUUCCCUGUACACCACCUACAAGGACUACGAGUUGAUGUUUCAUGUGUCCACCAUGCUCCCCUACACGCCCAACAAUAGACAGCAGUUAUUAAGGAAGAGGCACAUUGGCAACGACAUUGUCACCAUAGUAUUCCAGGAGCCCGGGGCCCUUCCCUUCACUCCCAAAAACAUCCGCUCCCAGUUCCAACAUGUGUUUGUCAUCGUCAGAGUCCACAGCCCCUGCACUGAUAAUGUCUGCUACAGCGUCGCUGUAUCCAGAUCCAAAGACGUGCCUCCGUUCGGACCACCCAUUCCCAAGUCCGUAACUUUCCCAAAGUCGGCCGUUUUCAGGGACUUCCUACUUGCAAAGGUCAUCAAUGGCGAGAACGCUGCUCACAAGUCGGAGAAGUUCAGAGCCAUGGCGACUCGUACGCGGCAGGAGUACCUGAAGGACUUAGCCGAGAACUUUGUCAGCACGGCUACUAUAGACUCAGCCGUCAAAUUCAGCUUCAUUACUCUUGGAGCAAAGAAGAAGGAGAAAGUCAAAGCCAGAAAGGAGGCGCAUCUGUUCAGCGUGGGAGCCAUCACCUGGAGCGUCUGCGCCCGGGACUUUGGGCAGUCGAUGGACAUUGACUGCUUGCUCGGCAUAUCCAACGAGUUCAUUGUGCUCAUUGAAGAGGAGUCAAAAAACGUAGUGUUUAACUGCUCAUGUCGCGAUGUCAUUGGAUGGACCUCAGGGAUUAUGAGUAUUAAAAUCUUCUAUGAGCGCGGGGAGUGCAUCAUGCUGUCUGCCCACGACAACUGCGGCGAGGACAUCAGAGAGAUGGUGCAGCGACUCGAGAUUGCCACCAGAGGCUGUGAGACUACAGAGAUGACGUUGCGGAGGAAUAGCCUCGGCCAGCUUGGCUUUCACGUCAAUUUUGAGGGAAUCGUGGCCGACGUGGAGCCAUUUGGCUUCGCCUGGAAGGCCGGGCUGAGGCAGGGCAGCCGGCUGGUGGAGAUUUGCAAGGUGGCCGUCGCCACUCUCACUCAUGAGCAGAUGAUUGACCUCCUGCGCACAUCCGUCACCGUCAAAGUGGUUAUAAUCCAGCCGUAUGAAGACGGUACUCCUCGAAGGGGCUGUUCCGAACUUUACCGGAUACCAAUGGUGGAGUACAAGGUGGACAGCGAAGGCCAGCCCUGCGAGUACAAGACGCCCUUCAGGAGAAACACCACCUGGCACCGGGUGCCGGCCACUGCUGGGACGCCUCUGUCCCGGGGCUCGCCCACUCAGGGUCCUGACCGGCUGCAGUGCCAGCAGAUCCUCCAGCAGCACCAGGCCGUCAUCCCGCGAAGCACUUCCUUCGAUAGAAAGCUGCCAGAUGGCUCUAGGACUUUGCAGGACAUGGAGAAUCCCCAGGUCACUUUAUGCAACAAGGGAGACCAGCACUACCGCAGCUCACCCAGUAACCAAUCCUCCUCCAGCGAUCCGGGUCCAUGCGGCAGCAGCAACUGGUCCCAGCAGCCCGGAUAUGAUGGGUGUCCCUCCCCUAUACUGCAUGAGCGGGCGGGCGACAUCCAAGGAGGCGAUGGAGAGAUUCGCAGGGAGAGGGAGCCCACCCUGGAAAGAACCAGAUCUGCAGAGGCCAAAUGGCACAUACCCUCCACGAAGAUCCUGAAUCCUCUGAAGCAAAGGGAAGGAGGGAAGGACUCGCCAAACAAGCUUUCCAGGACUGGUGAUAAAAACUCAAGCCACUCUAGUAGCAACACUCUUUCAAGCAACGCCUCCAGCAACAGCGAUGAUAAGCACUUUGGCUCUGGAGACCUGAUGGACCCGGAGAUGCUGGGCCUCACCUACAUCAAAGGCGCCUCCACAGACAGCGGCAUAGACACGAAUCCCUGCGUGCCCCCCGGAGCCCGGGUGUUGCUGCAGGGCAGAGUCGGGGAACAGGGACACCCCUGGGUCUCUGAGCACCAUGAGGACGAAAUGACAGAAGAGGAUCAUGGGAAACUAUACUUGCAGCAAGGCUUCGCUUCAGCCAUCAUGGGUAGUCACAUGACAGAGGGCAGCAUUGGAGACCUCAGCGAGAUUUCGUCUCAUUCAAGUGGCUCACACCACUCUGGCAGUCCCCUGGCCCGCGGUGCCAGGUACUGUAUGUCCGCUGACUCCUCCAAGGUGUACACCAUCCCCCAGACGAGCAGCACAGGGCCCGAGCCGGGGCCCAGCUCCGAGGCCUGUGGACAGACACGCACACAGUCCAGCUGCAAGCUCCCAGAGAGCAUGAAGACAGCUGAUGAUGAUGGUGAUGGUGAUGCCCACUGCACUGAGGGACCUCCCAACAUUUCAGAGUGUGGAGGAGCGGAGAGCUUGUUAGCCUUCCUUCUCAAAAUGCUGUCUGAGCGCUCCAGGCAACUAUACGCGCAGGAGGCAGCGUGCCGGCUCCAGUCUGCAGAGCACGAUGGAAAAUCCCUGCAUAGGCUGUCGAAAGAGGAAUUUCGAAAGAUGUUGCUGCCAGACAGCCCUCCAGGAGAAGACAGAAGCCGGAAGGUGUUGGCACCGGGCAGUUUGUCACCGAGACGCUCGCUCUACCGAACCCUGUCGGACGAGAGCGUGUGCAGCAACAGGAAGGCUUCGUCCUACGCCAGCUCUCGCAGCUCCAUGCUCGAUCAAGCCAUGCCCAACGACAUCCUGUUCAGCACCACGCCACCUUACCACAGCACACUGCCUCCUCGCAUGGUCCACAACCAGGGAGCGUCCAACCUGCGCAGUGAGUUUUGGUUCUCUGACGGCUCCUUGGCGGAUAGGUCCAAGUUCAGCGACCCGGGCCUCAUGCCCCUCCCAGACACUGCCUCGGGCCUGGACUGGUCUCACCUGGUCGAUGCAGCACGAGCCUUUGAAGACCAGCGCGUGGCGUCUUUCUGCACCAUGACAGACAUGCAGCGGGUGGAGGCGCUGCAGAUCUCCAGAGAGCUGACCAGACGGGUGGUGGAGGCAGAGGGAGCAGCGCUGGGAGCAGACAGCUCCCCGUCCACACUAACUGGAAAAGUCAACCAGCUGGAGGUCAUCCUCAGGCAGCUGCAGCAGGACCUCAGAAAGGAGAAGGAGGACAAGGCCAUGCUGCAGGAGGAGGUGCAGCACCUGAGACAGGACAACAUGCGGCUGCAGGAGGAGAGCCAGACGGCAGCGGCUCAGCUCAGGAAGUUUACAGAGUGGUUCUUUCACACCAUCGACAAGAAACCCUGAGCGGCGCAGAGAGGAAAAACACAGAGGAAAGACGGAGCAAAAGAAGGCCUUCAUCCCUCCUGGGCACCCACUCAACUCCCAUGUAAGAUUCCCAGAUAAAUCCACAACGAAAACAACAUUAAAACGACGACGAGUAUUAAAAG